UGGGCGUUGCUUAAAGGGACAAACACAGUGAAUUCUGCAGACUGUGUGUUCAGUAGGAAUCACAUUUAACGGAGCUUUUCCUCAAAGCGAAAUAAAUCUUCAGCGAUUAGGAUGGCAAAUGAAGCAAAACCCUGCCCAUGUGAUAUUGGGGAUCAGUUUGAAUAUGGGGGUCUUGGGGAGGAAGUGCAAAUUGAACAUAUUAAAGCCUAUGUGGUGAAGCCUGCAACAUCAAAAAAGGCUAUUAUUAUCAUUCAAGACAUUUAUGGAUGGCAGCUUCCAAACACCAGAUACAUGGCUGACAUGCUCUCCAAAAACGGAUACAUUGCUAUAUGUCCAGAUUUCUUCGUUGGAAAAGAGCCAUGGAGCCCAUCUUAUGACUGGUCGACGUUUCAGCAGUGGCUGGAGGACAAAAAACCUACCAACAUCAAAAAGGAAGUGGAUGUCGUAUUGAAGUACCUGAAGGAGCAGUGUGGUGCAAUGGAGAUAGGUGUUGUGGGAUUCUGCUGGGGUGGUGUGGCGACACACUAUAUUGCUCUCGAGUAUCAAGAAAUCAAAGCUGGCGUCUCUGUCUAUGGUAUUGUUAGAGAGAGGGAAGACAGGUUUGAUCUCAAAAGUCCAACCCUCUUUAUCUUUGCGGAAAACGAUGCAGUCAUUCCACUAGACCAGGUGACUGUGCUAGAGACAAGACUUAAAGAAAAGUGCACUGCUGACUUCCAAGUGAAAAUCUUCCCUAAUCAGACACAUGGGUUUGUCCAUCGCAAAAGAGAAGACAUCAACCCAGAUGAUAAACCCUACAUCGAAGAAGCCAGGAUAGACAUGAUCAACUGGCUGAAUAAAUAUAUGUAAGCUGUAAUGAGUUAAAUGAUUCCCUGUGAAAAGAUUUCAGAUGAAGAAGUCACAAUCUCAAAUGCCUUGAUAAACAAAAAAAGAAUCUUUGUCAAUAUGAAAU